CCUUUUGUUGCUUUCUGCUUAAUGGAAGGACCUUAAACUCUCUCUCUCUAUCUCGCUGACCCUCUGCUUUACUUUCUAUACAGUUUGUACAUUUCCUUGUUAAUAUCUCUGCGUUGAUCGAUCUCCUUCGCUUUCUUUUUUUUUUUGUCAUUCUGAGUGAUAAUUGAUAAUUUUGAAGUCUGAUGUCUCCACCGCUGCUGGGCGUUGAGGAGGAAGGGCAUAGCAGUGUCUCCUUAGUAGCCUCUUCACCCUCUGACUGUAUUUCCCAAAAUGUUACUGGGCUAAAAGAGCGCAACUAUCUGGGGUUGUCGGACUGUUCUUCAGUUGACAGCUCUGCAGCGUCUAGCUUGCUAGAUGACAGCAAAAACAAACUGAAUUUGAAGGCUACUGAGUUGAGACUUGGUCUUCCCGGAUCCCAAUCUCCUGAGAGAGAUCCCGAGCUUUCUUUGCUUAGCUCAGGGAAACUUGAUGAGAAGCCACUGUUUCCAUUGCUUCCUCUGAAGGAUGGAAUCUGCGCCACAUCACAGAAGAAUGUUGUUUCAGGAAACAAAAGAGGAUUUUCUGACACCAUGGACAGAUUCUCAGAGGUGAAAAGUUCUGUUUACACUGAAAAAAAUUGGAUGUUUCAUACAGCUGGGCCUGAUUCGGAAUCACCACAAUCUGUUGCACAGAGUAAGUUUCCUGGUAAUUCAGGCAUGAAUGUGAAGCUUUCAUCCAGACCAUCUGGGACUCAACAAGCCAUAAUGAAAGAGAUGGCUCCGAAUGCAGUACCAGAAAAACCUCGCGCAACCAGUGGAACUUGCCAUAACCAGGCAGCUGCUUCUAACAACAACAGCAAUGCACCUGCUGCCAAGGCGCAGGUUGUUGGUUGGCCUCCUAUUAGAUCAUUUAGGAAGAAUACAUUGGCUACCACAUCAAAGAACAAUGAUGAAGUUGAUGGAAAGCCUGGUCCAGGUGCUCUUUUUGUCAAGGUCAGCAUGGAUGGUGCCCCUUAUUUGAGGAAAGUAGAUUUGAGAACUUACUCCAAUUAUGGGGAACUAUCUUCUGCUCUUGAGAAGAUGUUCAGUUGCUUUACCAUUGGUCAAUGUGGAUCCCAUGGGGCUCCUGGGAGGGAAAAGCUGAGUGAGAGCAAGUUGAAGGAUCUGCUGCAUGGAUCAGAAUAUGUACUUACAUAUGAAGACAAGGAUAGUGAUUGGAUGCUUGUUGGGGAUGUGCCAUGGGACAUGUUUAUAGAUUCAUGCAAGAGGCUGAAAAUAAUGAAGAGCUCUGAUGCUAUUGGCUUAGCUCCAAGAGCAAUGGAGAAAUCCAAGAACAGGGAGUAGCAAGUGGCGAGGGAAGAGGGACUGCUUUCCUGGUAAAGCCGUAAAAUUUGUGAAAAAUUCCAGGAGUGAGGAGGAAAGUAGUAAGGAUAGAAUGGGUUUUUGAGGUGGUGUAUGUUUUCUUGGCAUGAAGUUGGUAUUUACGUAAUGUUUGCCGCAAAUUUUCUGAUUAUGAUGAUUGUUUUGUUGGUGAAAGAUAAUUAGUUGUGGAGUUUAUAUAUCUCUAUAGGAAAACCUCUGAAUUGUUUUAAGUGGUUAAUGUAUUUGAUGAAUGUUUGUUUUAACUAUUCUGAAUGAUGGAU